UGUGCUUUUAUUAUCUCAUUUUUCAAAAUUUCCCAAGCUUCUUGAGUUGUUUUCCCCUUGAGGAUUCUCAUCCAUGGAAUCCUUCCCAAGCCCUCUCUAAGUUUAUUGAAAUUGUGGACAAGAAUGAAGUCCUACAUGAUAGUUGAUUGCCAUCUAUUAAUGAGAAGGUUGCAUGAGUUUUAUUGCCUUUACUUGGGGAUUCUUGAUUCUAUCUUACAAAUAACCAGAUAUUAUGCCUUGUGUCCUUGAAGUCAAGAAUUUGUAUGUUUACAUAAUGAUUGCCUCCAGCAUGAGAAUUCUUGGUUACCAUUUUAGUCUUCACAUGAUAGCAAGUAUAUUAUCUUCUAAAUGGCACUCAUAAUGGGCAUAAGGAAAUCAAUCAGGGAGUGUCUUCUUACAAGCAGCCUGGCAGUGUUUUUUUAUGAGUUAGGUAGAACAUAAAUUCUGACAACAUGAUGCUCUCAGAAAAUAUAUAAAAUUGUAUGUUUGACAUCCAUGUCUUGAGUAACAUGAGGUAUUCUCCAAUCCAUGAAUUAUAAUUUUAGCAGAGAGAAGUCAAGAAUUACUGUAAUUUGGGAAGCCUAAGUAAAAUUGGAUACUUAGACUGCAGUGCUAUAUAUUGAACACCAGGCAAUAUACUGAAUGCUGGAAGAAGGAAUAAGAUAGCAAGAAUGAGGGAGAGUUCAUCAUUCCUUACUGUGAUUUGGAACCUUAAUUCUGACUGCCACAGUGGUUAGGAAACCAUUCCAUUCUCUGAUACAGCUUUACAUGAAGUUGCCCCAUGCAUAUAUCUAGAACAAAAGCUUCCUUCAAGACCUAAGACAGAAUAAAGUGAAUAUGUUCUCGUUAAGGCAAAGAAAAUUUCAGACCAGAAAAGAUAAAAAUGCAUUUUUUGAAAAAAUGCUCAUGAUGUCAUACAGGCAGAUAAAAUUCUUGUUCAGUUAAUAAGAGGACUUAUUUUUGUUGUGAAGAUAGUUGUAAGUUAAGUAUUGGGAGAAGUUUGAAUAAACCACAUUUGGCAACACAUUGUAAUUCUGGAAUGUUCACCUCUGACUUCUCUCCCUAUGAAACUGCCUAGUACACUAAUUACUAAGACACAGCAUAAGACACGGCAAAAAUAUUUUUUUCCUGCCCUAUUACUUGGCAAAACUUUUCUGGGAGAAAGAAGCUGGUAUAUGAAAUAAUGUUUUCUGUGCUCUGUAGUUAUAACAGACGGAUAAACAAAAUAAAAAUAAAACAAAUAAUUAAAAUUUAGAAUGUAGAUUUGCAUGUAAAGGAUUUUCUCUUUUUAACAGCCUGAAGUGUAUCAUGAUGGCCAUGACAGAUCAUUUUUACUUUAUCAGUUUCCUUUUUCUAGUUCUUCUAAGUGAGUGCCAUAUAGUUACAGGGGAAUUAACCUGAAAAAAAAUAAAACACAAUAGAUCACAUCUAGCAUCACUAGUUAUAAAAAGAAACAAAAUCUAGGUUUUGCUUUUGAAUGCCCUCCCUCUUGUGUUUUAGGUUCCUGCUUCUUAUCCAACUGAUAAUCCCAUCAUAAUGGGUCUGUUUGCAAUAAUUCAUUUUGACUUGAUAGAACACAAAAAGCAUACAUAUACAGAAAUGUAUACUUAUCUAAAAAUGGAUAAAAUGAUUUCACAAUGUACAAAACAUUUAUUAUUAAUGUCAUUAAUUUGAAGAUCUUAUUUAUAAAUGUUUAUAAGGGAAGGUAUGAGUAACUAUAGGCAUGCUUUCUAUUCCUAGCAAAUUUAUUCUUUAGAGAAAGUGGUCUUCUCCACAACAGUGCCAUUCAUUUAGUUUCUUUAAAAGAACAAUAAAAACUCAUUGAGGUGUCUCCCUAGGAGAGGAUAAUUUUUCACUAACAGAGAAUACUCUUUCAUCCACAUAAAAACAAAAUGCUCAAGUUGGAGGCCUUUUAUAAAAUUUUGUUUCAGGAACAAAAGCGUUCAUUCAGAUAUAAGGCUUCUCUGCUUUUAGUUCUUUCUGGUCACUUGAUCAAGCUCUUGGUAACUUUUAGACUACUUUAGUCUGCAUUCCUCAAAUUCUUUAUACUUGGCCCUGUAAUUAAGAGCUUCAGGUUCACUGCUUAAAACAUAGAUUCUAUAACUUUCCACUUGUGCCCUCAAAUGCAAGAUUAAUGCAACAGUCAAAGCUGCACUCCACUCCGAGUCUCAAAACAAACCUCUUGUAGCUACAAGAAAAACAAAAAAGUCUUCAUGUGAACGCUGUGGAGUCAUAAUCAGUCAAACUUCAAACUGAUAUCUCAGGUGAAAUAUAGUUUGGAGAUUUGUAAUGGGAUCAACAGAAAAAGGUUCUUGAUGUGACAUCUGGAAGCCAAGGAUUACUUACUAAUCAGCUAUGCAUCAUCUCCUAAGACUUGUUUUGGAGCAGAAAGACCUGUCACGUGCUGGGGAACUCUUUUCUCUGGACGAUUGUGAAAUAGAAGGAUGCCUAUCCGAAGCUCUUGAGCAAAUCAAACUAAUUAGUUCAUCUCCUGACUACCAGAUGAAUGACAAUGACCAAGCAGUUGUGGAGAUUUGUAUCACUCGAAUUACUUCAGCCAUCAGGGAAACUGAAUCCAUCGAGAAGCAUGGAAAAGCUCUUAUUGAUCUCUGGGAGUCGUGUUUAGAGCACAAUCUGAAACCUUUUUGUAAAGAUGAAGACACACCGCAUGCAAAGAUUGCCUCCGAUAUUAUGAGCUGCAUUUUGCAGAAUUAUAAUCGCCCUCCCAUCAUAGCUUUGGCUGUCCCAGUUGCAGUGAAGUUUCUCCAGAGAAGUAACAAAGAAUUGUGCAGAAAUUUAUCCAAUUAUCUCUCCCUUGCUGCAAUUAGCAAAGCAGAGUUGCUUGCUGAACAUACAGAAAUUAUUGUAAAAAGCAUUCUGCAAGAUUUUAUCAACAAGAAUAAUCCAACCCAGGAGUUCCUGCUAGCAACAUUUUCAACGUCCUUACAGCUAUUGAACCUUCUCACCAUGGUACAUGCUAAUCAUGUAAUUCAAAGGAAUUCCACGUUGCUCCGUAUAUUGCCUUCUUUGUAUGAAAAGCAACAAGAACCUUUAAGCAAUCACCUGAGAGAAUUGGUAGGACUGAUGCCUCAUCUGGAACCAUCUGAACAGCAACAUCUUCUGCAGCUUUUGCUAACUGUUGCAAAGAAAAAACAGCCUAAGGUUUUCAAACAGUGUAUUUCUUCUCUAAUUGAUCACCUAAGAGAUCCUCUUUAUAAUGAUAUCAUCUUAGACAUAUUCAUAGAAAUAUCAGAUUAUGAACCGGAAUUGUUGGCCAAUUUACUGCCCAUACUGAAAGAAACUGGAGAGAGUUUUCCUAAUUUGAUAGGGCAAAUGGCAAAGAUUUUUGGAGCUGUUGGACAAGUUGAUGAGGAACGAGCUCGGAUUUGCCUGAUCUAUUUGCUUAAUCAGCUGGCCAACAUGGAACAUUCUUUCCAUCAUAUCAUUUUGUUGAAGAUCAAAUACAUCACUGACACCUUCUCCAACAUCUUGGGUAUCCAAAGCAGAGAUAUUUAUCGAAUGAGUAACAGUUUCACUGCUGUAGCUAAACAUCUCAUCCAACAGCUGAAAAAUAACACAAGGUCAGAAUGCAGGUCCCAAAGUUUAGUAGUGCAUGCUGGUCAUAUGAAGAAUAUCCAUGCAGACAGCAAAGGAGAAGGGGAGAAUGGAGAUGUUACAGCCAGCAUCUCUUUCACUGAUCUGUAUUUGAGCCAAGAAACCGACAAAUUGCCUUCCAGUGCAGGUUCUGAAGAGUCCCAGCUGGAACAAUCCUCAUUUUCACGCCCAAGUAUCAAAUGUUCAGAACCAGAGAAACUGCCAGAACCUGUUAAAGAAAACUGCCACGAAGAGAACCCAAAGACCAUAAAGAAUCCCAUGGAGUAUCAAGAUAAGCUUUACUUUCAUUUAAAAGAAAAUCUCUGUAAAGUGAAAGCAUAUGUCAUGGAGAUGGGGAAGAAAAUUCCAUUCCCAGACGAGUGUCUUAUAGAAGAUACAGUUAAAAGUUGUGUAGCAAAGUUGUCUUUCAGCUGUCCCCUGAAAGGUCACUACUGCCUGUACAGUAAAUCCGGUUUUGCUCUCAUCAGUCACCAGCCUCAACUUUGGAUCCAUAUCAUGUUUCUCUUUCAGCAGGGCUUGUUUCCAGAACCAUUGUCCAUGCAGAAUAAUUAUUUGCAAGUUCUGAAGACCCUGUGGGAAAAAACUCAGCUUAAAGGAACACAUAGUUUUGAAACUGCAAUAGUGCAAUCUACGUUUCCACAUAAGAAGGAUCUGGACCACAUACAGUUACAUCUGAAAGAAGUGAGGUUCUUUGAUUUAUUCAGUUACAAUGAAGAAGCGAGGGCUUGGCAAUGUUUCAUGUGUAACAAUCCUGAAAAGGCAACAGUUAUGAAUCAAGAUGGCCAGCCACUGAUUGAAGGCAGGUUGAAAGAAAAGCAAAUUCGAUGGAAAUUCAUUAAACGAUGGAAGACUCGCUAUUUUACACUUGCUGGCAAUCAACUUCUCUUUCAGAAAGGAAAAUCUAAAGAUGAUCCAGAUGAUUGUCCCAUUGAACUGAGUAAAGUCCAGAGUGUCAAAGUGGUAGCCAAGAAGCGCCGAGAUCGCAGUCUUCCUCGGGCCUUUGAAAUCUUCACGGACAAUAAAAUGUAUGUCUUCAAAGCCCAAGAUGAAAAGAAUGCUGAGGAAUGGCUACAGUGCAUUAAUGUGGCAGUGGUACAAGCUAAAGAAAGAGAAAGCAGAGAAGCAACCACAUAUUUGUAAGAACUAUAGAUUCGCUUAUGUUUUCUCGAAGAUCUUUUUCAGUCAUAUGUGGAGCAUCUUGAUAUCUGAAUUGGAAAAGAUAUUACGCAGGCGUUGUAAUGUAUUUUGCAGUGAGAAAUGAUACCACUGACAUUUUUUUCCACAAUAUUCCAUCUUCAUGCUCUUUGGAUAUCACAUAGACCAGUUCUGGGUGUUCAUAGAGCUAAGACCAUCACAACCAGAAGUGCCGGUUCAAGGGCUGGGCCUUGUUGAAGAGAAGGAGGAUCCGCACAUAAGUAUUUAAAUAAUUGCAGUUAUUGAAAAGCAACUUAUGUCUGAUUAGCAAUUUGCUUUCACCUCAUCUUGGCUGUGCCACACUUUUGGGGGGGGGGUCUCACACAUGAAUUGCAGAUAUAACUGCUGUUCUAAUUUGUCCUGACUGCCAUUUUUUGAGCAUCCAAGCCUGCCAUUGUAUAGUACUUGCAUUGUACCCCAAAUCAAGGCAUUUGGCUGGCCACCAUUGGAUGGGACAAAGUCUAAAAAUAUCUUCCCACUCUGAUAUUAUAGGUGGGUUUUAGUAGGCCUUUUAAAUUCAGUGGUUUAAUGCUAGUCAUGAAUACAUGAGGAACAGAGAAAAAGAUAUUUAAUUUGUUUUAGAAUUGAUUAUGAAAGAAAUCAAAGUUGACUAUUUUAUACUAUUAUAUGCUAUUCAUCCUGCCAGUUAGCAAAGAUUAUAUGAAUACAUUCGGACCUGUGUAAUUCAUACAUGACACUGAAGCAUAUGGUUUCUUGAAUCUGCUCCCAUAGAAAUAAAUCUGUGUGCUAUAUUCUAGUUGUCUAAUUGCAAAUCAACCAUUUUUGCAGGGAAGCAGGAGUUGAAAAAAUUGCUGCCAUCAGUAAUGAAUAUACAGCCUCAUGUUCAUACUUAAACAUACUUUCAAAUCUUAUCAGCUUUGACUUUAUGCAUUAUGAAUUCAGGUCUUUGUUAGUCUGCAUGAUCUCAGAAAUGUUAUGUCUGGAGUUAGUUCCUCUAGCAGAUAAGGAAACCAGUUGAUAACAGUGGAAGAAAAAGCAUUGAUAAUAUAGUCUCAUACACAGAUGGCCUUAUCUGGAGAAACUCUUCACAGUCCAGAGAAACAUUUAUUUCAAUCAAGCAAAUGUUCUGAUCAUAUUAUGUUAUAUAAAUGCUCAUUAUCAAUCCCCUUAAGAUGUAUUUAUUAAAAUGUAUGAUCUAACAAAUUACAUUGCUCGAACUUUUGAGAUGUCCUUCUUUAUCUCUAUAGCUUCUUUACCAUCAUUUAUCUAGAUGGGAACAUAAAACAGACUUAAUCAUG